UUAUUUAUUUAUUGUCAUUUACUACCAUUGUUGAGUAUCUUCUUUUUCUUCUCUUCUACACACACUUUCUGACACUCUCUCUUCCCUUCCUUUGCUUCCAUUUAUUGUUUUCUUGGUUUGGUUGAGUUGGCAUCAACUGGUCAAAGUUUUCAAGCUAGUUUUGGAUUGUUAGAAAGACCCGAUAAUGACGGAUAAGAAGAGAUGGUUUCGGAAGCGGAAGUCUUCUGAGAAGAGCUCUGGCGAUACUGAAAGUUCAGGAUCCGUUUCAUCUCAUUCUGAGAGGUACUCAGAUGAACAGCAGGAGGCCUCAAAGGAAUCUCCUAACGGAAGCAAUCAGUCCCCUGAUGUAACCUCAAAAGUCACGGCCUGUGCUGAAGAUGUUAAUGAUAUUUCCAUUAUCAAUGCACAAUUGCCUGAAGAAAUCACCCCAAAACCUGUACCCACUACAGGAAUCAUAAAUCGUUGUUCAGUAGAGGAAGAUGAAAAUGGAGAAAAUAGAAAUAUGCAAAAUGGAAACGAAGGAGACCUAAAUGAUGGUUCAAGGAAUAUAUCUGAGAGGCUAUCUGCUGCACUUGUGAAUGCCAAUGCCAAAGAAGACUUGGUUAAGCAGCAUGCCAAAGUUGCUGAAGAAGCCAUUGCUGGCUGGGAAAAGGCGGAAAACGAAGUGGUACUUUUAAAGAAGCAACUUGAUUCAGUCACCGUCAGGAAUUCAGCUCUUGAAGAUCGAGUUACUCAUCUAGAUGGAGCACUUAAGGAGUGUGUUAGGCAGCUAAGACAGACGAGAGAAGAGCAGGAAGAGAAUAUCCAUGAUGCUGUAGCAAGGAAGACUCUUGAAUUGGAAUCAGCCAAAGCUAAACUUGAGAGCAAGCUCAUUGAUCUCCAGAGCAAAUUAGAUGCUGCAAAUGCGAGAUCUAAUUUUGAUCUUGAUAUGAGUCGUAAGGUUGAAAGUUUGGAGAAAGAGAACAUGGCUCUCAGGCAUGAGAUGCUAGCUCAAUUAGAAGAGCUGGAAAUUAGGACAAUUGAGAGGGACUUAAGCACUCAAGCUGCAGAGACAGCAAGCAAGCAACAUUUGGAAAGCAUCACGAAGGUAGCCAAGCUUGAGGCUGAGUGCUGGAGACUAAAGAGCAUGGCUUCCAGAGCAUCUGUAGUUAUUGAUCAUAAAUCCGCCGUUGGAUCUCUCACAGAUAGUCAAUCAGACAGUGGGGAGCGGCUUGCUGCAGUGGAGAUUGAAACCCGCAAGAUGAGUGGCUCAGAACCGAACAAGUCUGAGCCAAGUUGUUCUGACUCAUGGGCAUCCGCACUAAUCGCUGAGCUUGAUCAGUUCAAGAACGAAAAGUGCAGAAAAGCUCCAUCCAGCUCUGUUAAAAUUGACCUAAUGGAUGAUUUUCUUGAAAUGGAACGACUUGUUGCAUUGCCGCUGGAGACUAAGGAUGAAAGCAGUGUCCAGGAGUCUGUUGUUUCCAAUCAGCGCAUUGACAAAGAAAGCUCUCUCAAGGCUGAGUUUGAGAUCAUGAGUCAACAAAUGGAUGAACUAAAAGAGAAGCUAGAGAAGGUGGAAGCAGAUAAAGCUGAACUAGAGAUAGCUUUGAUGAAAAGUGAAGAGUAUAUUGAGGAGUCACAACUCCAGUUGAGGGAGGCAGAAGAGAAAUUGGAGGAGUUGCAAAGCGAGCUAGAAAAUGCCUACCAAUCAAAGCAGAAGAUAGAAAAUAACCUGAUGAGCAUGGACGCAGAGGCUCAGACAUUAUCUAUGAAGGUUGAUUUAUUAGAAGCGGAGGUCGAUCAGGAGAGGGCCGUGUCACAUGAAAUUGCAAUGAAGUGUAAGGACCUGGAGGAAGAGUUAGGAAGAAGAUCUGCAAAGCUUGGCUUAUUAGAAGCUGAGCUUGAUAAGCAAAGGUCCGUGUCUGAUGAAAUCACAAUGAAGUGUAAGGACCUAGAGGAAGAGCUAGAAGGCAAAACUGCAAAGGUUGACUUAUUAGAAGCAGAGAUUGUUAAAGAGAGAGCUGAGUCAGAUAAAAUUGCAACUAAGUGUAAGAGCCUGGAGGAAAAGCUGGAGAGCAAAUCUGCGAAGAUAGAUUUAUUAGAAAUAGAGGUUGAUAAGGAGAGAGCUAUGUCUGAAGAAAUUGCAAUGAAGUGUAAGGAGUUGGAGGAAGAGAUACUCAGGUCAACUAACUCAUAUGUUGAAAAGAAGAUUAAGCAGGAGGACCUAGCAUUAGCUGCCGGAAAGCUUGCCGAGUGUCAGAAAACAAUAGCAUCUUUGGGGAAUCAGUUAAAAUCCUUGGCUACUCUUGAAGAUUUCCUCAUCGAUACAGCAAGCAUUCCUGCAACUCCGCCACUCAUUGCACAUACUGACGGAGAGAUGUGGAAGUUGCAUUCAAAUGGCACAUUUUCACCCAAAAGAAAUUCCAGUUCUUCCAGGAUGGCUGAUGGUAGCUCUGGACCGUUGUUAAUCAGAAAUGAGGAAAGCUCACCACCCUCAUCAUCAUCUUCAACUUCAUCAGCACCCUUGCCGAACCAUGUCAGCUCUGAGAAGAGUCGGAAUGGCUUUGCGAAAUUUUUCUCGCGAACCAAGAGUGGGAUCCGGCUAGAAAUUUAGUCUUAGCUAGAAACGGAAGUAUUUUUUUUUCUCGAGUUGUAGAACAGAUUGAUCUUGUGAUUCAAAGAAAAUAUAUAACAGCAUUCAAUUGGUGUCAAUUAUAUCA